CACGCGGGGCGCGCCCUGACCGAGCCCUGAGGGCGCGCGCGGGCGCGAGGUCGGCGUGCCGGGGCCUCGAACUCCUGGGGGCCUCGACCGGGGCAAGGCCGCGGCUGCCUGGGUGGGAGUCCCCCGGGACCCGGGCGCCAGAGGAUCGGCGGCGCCCGAAGACGAGCCCCCGGCUCGGCCCUGCAGCCUCGCGCGGCCGCCGGGUCCUCUGCAGCCGAGCGGCGGAUGUUAUUUUAAAGAAUUAUUGAAGAUCGAGGUUUUUUAUUGUUUGUUUUUUAAUGGCUUUACAGAAUCUUAAAUAGAAUACAGUUUGACAUGAUGACAAAAAAUGUUGGUUUGACUUCCACAAAUGCAGAACUAAGAGGAUUUAUAGCUCAGAACCUCAAUCCAGCAAAAGGUAACAUUUCAUUUGUCGCAUUUCCCGUUUCAAGCACCAACUCACCAACAAAGAUUUUACCAAAAACCUUAGGACCAAUAAAUGUGAAUGUUGGACCCCAAAUGAUUAUAAGCACACCACAGAGACUAACCAGUUCAGGAAGUGUUCUGAUUGGGAGUCCAUACACCCCUGCACCAGCCAUGGUUACUCAGACACACAUAGCAGAAGCUACUGGCUGGGUCCCAAGUGAUAGGAAACGGGCUAGAGAAUUUAUCGACUCUGAUUUUUCAGAAAGUAAACGGAGUAAAAAAGGAGAUAAAAAUGGAAAAGGCUUGAGACAUUUCUCAAUGAAAGUGUGUGAGAAAGUUCAGCGGAAAGGUACAACAUCGUAUAAUGAGGUAGCUGAUGAGCUGGUGUCAGAGUUCACCAAUUCAAAUAACCAUUUGGCAGCUGAUUCGCAGGCUUACGAUCAGAAGAACAUUAGGCGAAGAGUUUAUGAUGCUUUAAAUGUGCUAAUGGCGAUGAACAUAAUUUCAAAGGAAAAAAAAGAAAUUAAGUGGCUCGGGCUGCCCACCAACUCUGCCCAGGAGUGUCAGAACCUGGAGAUAGAGAAGCAAAGGCGGAUAGAGCGGAUAAAACAGAAGCGGGCCCAGCUGCAGGAGCUCCUCCUACAGCAAAUCGCUUUUAAAAACUUGGUGCAAAGGAAUCGGCGGAGCGAACAGCAGAACCAGGGCCCUCCAGCGCAGAACUCCACCAUUCAGCUGCCGUUUAUAAUCAUCAACACAAGCAAGAAGACAGUGAUAGACUGCAGCAUCUCCAGUGACAAGUUUGAGUAUCUUUUCAAUUUUGACAACACCUUUGAGAUCCAUGACGACAUAGAAGUGCUGAAGCGGAUGGGCAUGUCCUUUGGCCUGGAGUCUGGCAAAUGCUCUCUGGAGGAUCUGAAACUUGCAAAAUCUCUGGUGCCAAAGGCUUUGGAAGGCUACGUCACAGACAUCUCCACAGGUCCCGCUUGGUUACAUCAGGGACUUCUGCUGAACUCCACCCAGGCCGUCUCCAGCUUGGACCUGACCCCCGGGGCCGCCUUGCCGCAGUCGAGCGUGAGCCAGGGCUUGUGCUUGGAUGCUGAAGUGGCCUUGGCGACCGGGCAGCUGCUCGCCCCCCACAGCCAGCAGUCCAGCAGCGCCGCCUCUCACUGCUCCGAAUCCCGAGGGGAGACCCCCUGCUCCUUCAACGACGAAGAUGAGGAAGACGACGAGGAGGAUUCCUCCUCCCCCGAAUAAAGACAGGAGAAAACCCGCGUUUUUAAUCUGCGAUGCUCAUGUGUGUUUUUAGUGUGAGCUCUUGUUUCUGGAAUGAUUGCUUCAGUCUUUGCCAUUGUUUGCACUGUGUGUGCAGUGACAGCUAGAGAAACACGAUAAGCGAACCCCACGGAGGCCGGGAUGCUUGAAACGACUGCUGACGCGGCGUGGCCACCUGCUCCUCUGCCCAGCGCCCAGGGCAGUGGGUGCCAGGGCAGCUCCAGCCUGUCCGGCGAGCCGGCAGAGGGGCAGACCGGGCAGACCCCACAGAAGUGGCAGGCGAAGGGGGCGCCUGCCUUCUGUGAGGAGGGGCUGCUGUGUGCCCCCUCCCCCAUGCCCGGGGACUCCUUGUCAGAGUUGAGCUUGCUGGGGAGCCCUUGCUGCCCCUGUUUCUCUCGCCUUCCCGCCUGGCGGCCCGCAGCAGAAGGAGACAGUGCGGUGCCGGGAGGGUGCAGACGGCAGUCCCUGUGGCCUCGGGAGCACAGGCCGCGCUGCUGAACUAGGGAGAGUAGCCGAGGUGCUUGACGCAUCCGCUGCCUUAGCCAGCUUCUAGAAAGGAGCGCGCGCUGAUUCUUAAGUACUUAAGUGACAUUUAGCAUAAUUUAUAGUGAAAUAAAUGACCAUUAUUAGCCAAUGCAUUGGUGCAUAGAAUUGAGUAGGGCUACUUCUGGGAGCCACAAUAGAACAGCAUUUCCACGUGCAUUAAACACUGCCAGCACUGCCUUUCGCCAGCUUUCUAGAUCCAGAGCUUUCCAGGGCAGGAAGCUGCACCUGCAGUUUUCACCAGAGCUGUGCCUUUCGUACAGCUUCUCCAUUCGGAGCAGAAGGAAGGAGCAGAUCCCCCGAGUGGGCCGCUUGCCUCCAGUCCCUGCGGCAGUUCUGUGGGUUCCACCAGCGUGCGCUCUGUGAGAACGAACCAAAUGUCCCGACUGUUGUCCUAAAGUCUAUUGCAAGAAUAUGAACAGCA